CGCCGCACACCAUUUGCCCGGUUCGGGCCCGUCUCCAUUUGCGCGUCCGUUCCGCCUCCACUGACUGACCUCACUCGCCCGCCCCACUCCUUCCUGCUCCUUUAACCCCCGCGCCGGCGACUCGCCUCUCCACCACCGGUCCACCCCCCAUCCACUGCUCUCCGCGCGCGGCUGCUCAAGCAAUGGCGGGAGCCGGGGCGCCGUCGGCGUGGGGCCCGAGCCCGGCGCUGGUGACCGCGCUGGUAGCGCUGCUGGGGCUCGGCCUCGCCGCUUACAUCGUGGGGCCGCAGCUCUACUGGCACGCCGCGGAGGCGCUCACGGCGGCCGGGGCGUGCCCCGCCUGCGAUUGCAACUGCGACGCGCGCCCGCUCCUCGACCUCCCGGAAGAUUGUGCCAAACAAUUCAAAGGGGUUAAGGGUCGUGCCUCUGGUGAGGAAACAGAAAAGAGUUUCACAGAGCUGCUUAUAGAAGAACUGAGGCAGAGAGAAGAGGAGGCGACACAAGCUCAGCAAGAGGCUGAUGUAAAGUUGCUCGAGGCCAAAAAGUUAGCUUCACAGUAUCAAAAGGAGGCUGACAAAUGCAGCUCAGGUAUGGACACCUGUGAAGAAGCUAGGGAGAAAUCAGCGGAAGCAUUGGUUGAACAAAGGAAACUGACUUCUUUGUGGGAGCAAAGGGCUCGGGAACUAGGAUGGAAACCUGAUAAUACAAGGCACACAUAGAGUAGUAAAUCAAAUACACUGGGGGAUGGCUCUGGAUACAUUUGUGUAGCAACAGGCAUCUCGUUGCAGAUACAGCCCACAAAGAGCUUGAGUUGCUAGAGGUAAAAAAUGGGUUUCUUGUUGGCGGACUCAUGCCAAGGGCUUACUUGUCCAUAGUAAAUUUGUAUUCAGUUUGUACCAUAUUUCCGUUGCUGUUUGUGAGACCUGUGUUAAGAUGGUCAUUGGAUGACACUAAUCAUUCAUGUCAUGAAGGUUUCAUUAGCUAUUGCCCAGAUGUUCUAAAGAGAAACAGUUACUGUUUGUGGAUGGUGAAAUUGUCUGGAUGUUGAAAAGAAGAAGAGUUAUUGUCUUUGUA